AUUCAUCUUCCUUGAAGCAACUCUUCAAACCAAGAUCCACCGUUGCUCGUCUGAUAACAACCCAGGCAAGAGCAAUUCGAGAGAUUAGUAGAUAAAACAGUGAGAUAAUCGAAUUAAACGUUGUGUGUCGGUUCACGACGUUCUCAUCAGUGCCAUCGGGCAGUUGAAGAUCAGCCGCGAUCCGACGAGGAUCUACCACACAUACCAUGGAGUCACGUGCUGCGUCGUGGAAACGGACCAUUGACAAGUUGGGCGAACGCAACGUGCAGUUUCUCAAUUUGCCUCAACGAUCGUUGAAGUUCCUGAAGGAUCUCGUGAACACGUUGGUCGAGGUACAAUGGCGCUACACGCUGGCUGCGUUCGUGCUCAGCUUCGCUGUCAGCUGGUUCUUUUUUGCGAUUCUUUGGUAUUUGGUGGCGUACGCCCAUGGUGAUCUGAACUUUGACCCCGAAACGGGCAAGCGGAUGGGCGAUGGUGAUCAACCGUGCGUUGCGGGUGCUACCACCUUUAUGGAGUUUCUACUGUUUAGCAUCGAGUCCCAAGUUAGUACCGGAUACGGAACGUGGACUCCGACGGAGGAAUGUGCCGAAGCGUUGGGGCUGUUGACGAUACAGUUGAUCGUCGGCCUGGUGAUCGAUGCCGCCAUGGUCGGAAUUGUUUACGCCAAAAUGGUGCGACCUCCCAAGAAGAUCUCCAACAUGAAGUUCAGCAAACAUGCGGUCGUUUGCCGUCGCGAUGGUCGACUGUGCUUCGUCUUCCGGAUUUGUGACACCAAGCAUCAACACGCGAUCGAGACCAAGAUCAACGUCGUAAUGUUGCAGUCCCAUCGAUCGCUCGAAGGAGAAAUCAUCGAAAAGUACGAACGCCACAUGAGCCUGGAGAACAACGGCCGUGUCCUCCUGUUUUGGCCGGUGACCGUUUGCCACGUGAUCGACGCCCAAAGUCCGCUGUACGAUCUCACGCCGAAAGAUCUGCUCGAGAGCAAAUUUGAAAUUGUGGUCACGCUCAGUGGUGGAACCAACAUUACCGGGCAGGUGAACGAAGCCAGAACAUCGUACAUGCCGGGUGAAAUUUUGUGGGGUCAUCGGUUCAAGAAUAUUGUGCACUACGAUAAAGAGCACGGACGGUACGUUGCAACGAACAGGGACAUGAACGCGACCGAACUAGUCAACGCUCCGAGCUGCAGUGCCCGAAAGCUGGAUGAAGUUGCGGUGAAUGUGAAGCACUUUUUGAGCGAUGAUCAGCACAGAGAGUUUGAGAAAAUGGAAUCGUUGGCCGAAUAUCACGGUCAAGAGGAUGACAGUGAUUCCGACGAUGGCAUUUUAAUGAAAAACAUGUCGGGCGAUUCGUUCCCGUUUAUGGACAGCUCAGCGAACAAAACCCUACCUUGAAGUUCAUGAAAUUUCUCAAAUUUUCAAUCAAAUCAAAGAAUUUGGCUUACAAAAAUUAAUCUUCUCCGUGUAUUAUCUCAUAAAACAAAUGCAGUAAUAAAAAUAUGAAUCUCGCCCGCCA